UGGGUGUGUCCUGGUGGAUGUUGCCUCUACAAUCGUCUGACCUUGUGAUGCUGGGUGUGUCCUGGUGGAUGUUGCCUCCACAACCGUAUUUCUAUAAAGUCUGCACUUGCACGGAUGCACUUGAGCACACGUAAUGCACGUGAAGGUUUCUUGCAUGUCACAGAGAAUCAUAAAAGUGAGGGUAUGAAGUAAGAAUGUAACCAGAAGAUGAAAGGAAAUCUAAAUUAAGAUGAAUGGAGGACAGCCACAGACCUGCCAGAGAUACUUGAGAACCUGAGAAGCAACUAGUUAAGAAACACCAGGGGGGCGCUGCAAGCACAACGCUUCCCACAACACCAGGGGCCGCUGCAAGUACAACGCUUCCCACAACACCAGGGGAACGCUGCAAGUACAACGCUUCCCACAACACCAGGGGAACGCUGCAAGUACAACGCUUCCCACAACACCAGGGGGGCGCUGCAAGUACAACGCUUCCCACAACGCUGUUAGCAGCUGAUGUUUUAUACCACCAUGUUUAUUUGGAAGAGCUUCUGGUUACCAUACACAAUUUUUGAUAGCCAGGUCCCAGCCUGAUCUAAGCAAAGUUCACUUCCCAUCUGAUCUGUCAUUCAUAUAGAAUGUCAAAGAACACUUUCAGACCGCACUUCUGGCCGUGUGAGAUGUGAUUCUCAGGAGUCACAGAAGGAACAUGACUGAUGUCUGAUUGAAAAACCACAGGAACAUAAACACAUGGACACAAACAGAAUAUUUAAAGGCAAAGACAGUAAAUAAAACAAAGUAGUCCAAGAAAUGUAAGAGGAGAAUGAUCCACGAUGAGAUGAAUAAAACCAAGGAUACCAAUGAACAGACACUUAAGAAAGGGCGGAGGCAGAAACUAAAGGUAGAAUUAAACAUGAAUGUAUCAUAUGAUGAUCGUGAUCGUCUGGCAAAUAACAUGUUAGGACCAGAGGACGACUCACACCAACAGGUGGAACAUGAAGAAACUAAUGACACAGAGAGGGAAUGUUGUGGAGAGGAUGAUGAACAUGAGGUAGAGGAAAUAGAAAAUGGUGUUGUAGAUGAUAGCUAUGAUGACGAGGAACAGAAAUGUGAAGAAAACGAAAUAAUGAAAGCCUCUGAGAAUCCUGAUACAAAGUCGGCUUCUAAGAGCACAUGGUCAACAAGUUUCUACUACAGACCAGAAAAAGAAAUUCACAACUUUGCUGGUUGUAAGAUCUGCAUUUAUGAAUCCUUGGAUUCCUACGGUUCCAUGAUCUGGCCAGGGUCAGUUGCUCUGUGUACGUACCUGGACUCACCAGCAGGCCGACAGCAGGUUAAUCUACUUGAUAAAUCAGCCAUUGAGAUUGGAGCAGGGACUGGCCUAUUAUCAAUCGUGGCCACUCUCCUUGGUGCCAAGGUAACUGCUACUGACCUUCCAGAAAUUCUGGGGAAUCUGAGAUGCAACCUGUCACGGAACACCAAGUGGCGCUGCAGACAUCCAGCCCAAGUAGCAGCUCUCUCCUGGGCACAUGACCUGGAAAACACCUUCCCCCGCUCUGGUCCCCGUUAUGAUUAUGUGCUGGCAGCUGAUGUGGUCUACCACCACAGCUACUUGGAUGAGCUGUUGGUCACCAUGAUUCACUUCUGCCAACCAGGCACAGUCAUGAUUUGGUCCAACAAGAUUCGUUUUGAAGCCGACUUAGGUUUUAUAGAGCGCUUUAAGGAAGCCUUCCAUACCACACUGCUGGCUGAAGAAGAUGAAGUGAGAAUAUACAUGGCCACUGCACGGGAGGUACAAGAAGAUUCUGGACACAUGAUUCAGACUGAGGAGCAACGGGAGGAGAAAGACCAAACUGUAAAAGAGGAGGAAACCGUAGGUCCUAUGGAGGACGUUAUGACAGAGAACAAGAUUGGGAUAAUUCAGGAAGGGAAAACACUGAUAUGUUCAGAUGAAGAUGUGGAAGGUAGAGAGAAGGAGAGAAAUGCAGAGGAGAAACACGAGGACAAGCAUGUUAUUGAGAAUAGGGAGAGGAACGGAGAUGUGAAAAUAAACACAGACGCAUCCAAUGGCCUUAAAGAAGGGGAGGAUGACUUCAAAAAUGAAGAUGAGAAAUAUCAGCAGGAAAUUGAUGAACUGAACCCGUCAGUAUCAUACGAAACACACAACACUGAUGGCUUCAUACAGAACGAAAUGUAUGAACAGUCAUUCACACAGAAUUCUAACAAAGCCAUUAAUGACCCAUCUGUGACUGAGAGAGACGAGGCAGAAAUAUCUAGGGCUUCAUCUCAGGAGUCACAGCAGGGAAAUAACAUUCUGGUUGAAAUUCCACAGGAUGAAGGCCAUCUGGACACUAAGAAAACCUUUAGAGACACAGACAAUGAACAUCACAAGGUAGUCCAAGAGAUUAAAGAGGAGGAAUGGAACAACAAACAUGAGAUGAAUAAAAACAAACAUAUCUGUGAACAGAUCAUUCACAGAGGGUUAACACAGGCACCAGAGAAGGUCGAAAUAAACACAAAUGUGUCCCACAUGUAUGGAGACUGUGUGGCAAAUGACAUGCUAGGAUUAAAACAACAUUCUGCACCAGAGGUGAGCAAUGAACACAAUGAUGACCUGGAGGGAGAGUGUUGUGAAGAAGAUGAUGAGGGGGAGUGUUGUGAAGAAGAUGAUGACCUGGAGGGAGAGUGUUGUGAAGAAGAUGAUGAGGGAGAGUGUUGUGAAGAAGAUGAUGACCUGGAGGGAGAGUGUUGUGAAGAAGAUGAUGAGGGAGAGUGUUGUGAAGAAGAUGAUGAGGGGGAGUGUUGUGAAGAAGAUGAUGACCUGGAGGGAGAGUGUUGUGAAGAAGAUGAUGAGGGGGAGUGUUGUGAAGAAGAUGAGGUAGAUGAGGGAGAACAAACAGCAAGUGGUGAUGUAGGUGAUAGCUAUGGCAAAGCUCAGCAAGAUGGAGGAAAAGAGAAUGUGAAAACCUCUGAGAAUCAUGUCACAAAGAUGACACAUAAGAGCACAUGGUCACCAAGUCUCUACUACAGACCAGAAAAAGAAAUGCACAACUUUGCUGGUUGUGAGAUCUGCAUUUAUGAAUCCUUGGAUUCCUACGGUUCCAUGAUCUGGCCAGGGUCAGUUGCUCUGUGUACGUACCUGGACACACCAGCAGGCCGACAGCAGGUUAAUCUACUCGAUAAAUCAGCCAUUGAGAUUGGAGCAGGGACUGGCCUAUUAUCAAUCGUGGCCACUCUCCUUGGUGCCAAGGUAACUGCUACUGACCUUCCAGAAAUUCUGGGGAAUCUGAGAUGCAACCUGUCACGGAACACCAAGUGGCGCUGCAGACAUCCAGCCCAAGUAGCAGCUCUCUCCUGGGCACAUGACCUGGAACACACCUUCCCCCGCUCUGGUCCCCGUUAUGAUUAUGUGCUGGCAGCUGAUGUGGUCUACCACCACAGCUACUUGGAUGAGCUGUUGGUCACCAUGAUUCACUUCUGCCAACCAGGCACAGUCAUGAUUUGGUCCAACAAGAUUCGUUUUGAAACCGACUUAGGUUUUAUAGAGCGCUUUAAGGAAGCCUUCCAUACCACACUGCUGGCUGAAGAAGAUGAAGUGAGAAUAUACAUGGCCACUGCACGGGAGGUACAAGAAGAUUCCGGACAAAUGAUGCAGACUGAGAAGCACUGGGAGGAGAAAGACCAAACUGUAAAAGAGGAGGAAACCGUAGGUCCUAUGGAGGACAUUAUAACAGAGAACAAGAUUGGGAUAAUUCAGGAAGGGAAAACAUUGAUAUGUUUAGAUGAAGAUGUGGAAGGUAGAGAGCAGGAGAGAAAUGCAGAGGAGAAACAUGAGGACAAGCAUGUUAUUGAGAAUAGGGAGAGGAUAGGGAAUGUGAAAAUAAACACAGACGCAUCCAAUGGCCUUAAAGAAGGGGAGGAUGACUUCAAAAAUCAGGAGAAAGAGCAAACUGUAAAAGAGGAGGAUAACGUAUGUCCUACGGAGGACGUUAUGACAGAGAACAAGAUAGGAAUAAUUCAGGAAGGGAAAAAGCCUAGAUGUAUAGAUGAAGAUGUGGAAGGUAGAGAGCAGGAGAGAAAUGCAGAAGAGAAACAUGACAAGGAUGUUAACUAUGAGAAAAGCGAGAGGAUAGGAAACGCAUCUGAUGGUCAAAAAGAAGGGAAGCAUUACUUGGAAAAUGAAUAUGAGGAAUAUGAAGACAAAGUGGAUCAAAACACACAUUCUGGAACACUUGAAAGCAAUGGAUUAAACUCUAAGAGCAAUCAGGCACAUGUUCAAGUGCUACCUCACAGGCCCCUUGACCACUCAGACCCUGGAAGAGAAAUCCAUAAUUUUGUUGGAUGUGAAAUAACUGUACAAAGGUGGCACGGAGGAAAAUGUGGGCCUGCGACAGUGACUCUCUGUAAAUUCUUAGAGACUAACACUCAGCAAGUCAAUUUCCAUGGCAAAUCAGUGUUGGAACUGGGAGCUGGUACUGGCAUGGUGUCUAUUGUUGCCAGUCUUCUUGGUGCCUGGGUGACGGCGACUGACCUGCCGGAGGUGUUGGAGAGCCUGACUGAGAACCUGGAUGCAAACACCAAAGGGCGCUCAAAAUACUCACCACAAGUAGAAGUGUUACCAUGGGGACAUAACCUUGCUCGGUCAUUCCCAGUGUCCAUAUACCACUAUGACUACAUCCUUGCAGCAGACGUAGUCUACAGUCGUCACGGCAACCUGAAUGAGCUUCUGGACACCAUGUGUCACUUCUGUCAGCAUGGAACCACCCUAAUUUGGGCAAACGAGUUUCACCACAAGUCAGACCUGGCCUUCAAAGCCAAACUCAAGAAGGCUCUUCACACCAAGCUGCUUGUGGAGGUAGGAGAUGUGAAGAUCUACAUAGCCAGGGGGAAGGUUACAGGGACACCCUCCUCCUGGACCAUCUGACUGUACUGAUGCACUGAUGUUUGAAGGUCACAGGGACACCCUCCUUCUGGACCAUCUGACUGUACUGAUGCACUGAGGUUUGAAGUCAGAAGUUCUUGGCUGGUACUGAUACUAAACAUCUGGACAAACAAGGUCUCAGCAAGUUCAGACUCUAAGGAUAUAGGAGCAUGGUUUUCUCAAUCUCAACAUACAUCUCAUUUAGCAAAUACCUCAAAAUAUCUUGAACUUAAAUAAAAUCAUUUUUUUUAUGGUGAACUGGUUGAUCAUGUUGCCUCCCUCACCACAUAUUUUAUGGAAACACAAACAGUCUACUAAAGAUAGAGAA